AUGGUGGGCAAACUCUCAUUGCGCAAAUCAAGCCUUUGCGGGCUCCUCUAUGUCACGCUGACGCUCGUGACCAACGCCGAAGCUGAGGAUGCACUGGCAAAGUUUGGCGAUGUCGUCCCCGUUCUUGGGCAGAUGGCACGAACUGACCAAGACUUUGUCGACGGGCUGGCUCUGGAUCUGUUCUCGCCGAGCAACCGCACCCUGGUUGUGACAAAUAAUUCCUCCCCCCUGCCCGGGAACUUUGUCAGUGGUACCACCGGCGAGGGCUUUGUCAAUUUGUCAAAAUACAGCUGGGUCAUCAAGUUUAACGAGACUGCAAACGACCUCAUUGCCAAGAUUGAGCUGCCCUACGACCCGGUGGCGCUCGCGAGCCAAGGCGUCCAAGUGGCCAACACAUAUGUCGGAAAGCUUGCCAAGGACAAGAAGUCCUGGGUUAUAUCAGAAACACAGAGGAAUGUACACAUGACGGAGAACAAAACCCGCAUUAUCAAGAUGACUUCGCUAGACGGGGAGUACAUGCUUCUCGGCCGAAAGUCUGCAGACACUGCAAACAUGUUCGUGCAGUACGGCCAAGGCGCCACCAGGACGGUGAAUAUCACCGGGGGUGCUGAAGGGGUUCAAGAAGCCGAGUUUGUCGACGGGCUGCGGUUCAGGGUUCAAUCGGCGAAGCCCUUUGCCCUCAAUGUCGACAUACCAUUUGGCGUGAAUGACAAGGCCAUACCAGAUCACGCCAUACCGCUAAUCAACAGGGAGAUGUUUGAGGAAAAGACCCGUGGGCAUGAGGAGGAGCACCUCAACCUGCUCGUCGCAAGGAGAGAAUUGAAUGCUCCAGCAACAGCCUGCUUCGAGCCUGUCAAGAAGCAGGAAUACAUCAAAGCAAAGCGCCUAGUCGAGGUGAGAGGCUUGACCGCCGUGGACGGACAGUAUGUCAUUCUCGUGUCUAAGAAGAGGUACCCUAAAAUCACUUGUGGCCAGGAGGGCGAUGCGCAGACGUGUCCGGCUAGGAAUAGUACAUCGGCUUGUGCUGGUGAAGCUAGUCAGGCGAGAGAUUCUGACUUAAAUGGUGCCCAGGCCACUUCACGGCCAGCAAUAGUGACAUCUGUUGCGUCGCUUAGCACAGCAUUAGCCAUGAACUUGGUAGUGUCGUGCGUAUUCUCUAUGGGGAUUCCGUUGGUAGUAUUUCUGUUGCAAUGGCUCUAG